AUGAAGGUAUUGCUUAUGAAACAUUCCUUGACUAAAAGGACUUCAUACCAGCAGUUAGUGACAUUAGGCCAUGUGCCCUUUGGCCUUUUCUGUAUUUUCCAGGUGGACCGCGGGGUACGGGCUGGGGGGCUCCGCCGGGCCCUCCGCGUCCGCCUCAGGAACGCCCGGAGUCGGAGCCCGAGCGCCCGCGGCCCGCAAGCCCACCCUCCGCGCGGCGCCGGCUGCUCGGGCCGCCAGGGGGCGCCCGGGCCGCGGGUCCGCCUCGGGCCUGGGCUCCUCCGCCUCCGCGGCCUCCCGGACUUAGACGCCCAGCUCCAGAUCCCGAAGCGAGGAGACGAGCCCUUCACGGCGCCGGCGAGAGCCCCGCGAGGGCAGCCCCUCGACGCCCGGAGCCUUCGAGGCCCCCGCGCCGCCCUCGGGGCAGCGUUACCUCCUCAGCCGGGACCGCACUCGCUCCACCGCUCGACCGCCGGUCCCCGCGUCUAUCCCGAUAGAAACCCCCCCGCGAAACCCUCCCCUUAG